AUGCCUUCUCUUACCAGCACCCUGAAAACGGGUGCGCCCUAUCAUCUGCUCAGCUACGGGACGCUCCUGGGCAGCACGCUCUUCCAAUCCUUCAUCGGCGGCGUCAUCGCGUUCCGCGUGCUGCCGCGGCCGCAGUUCGCGCAGCUGCAGAGCAAGACGUUCCCCGUCUACUUCGCCAUGCAGACGGCGCUGCCCGUCGUCAUGGCGCUGACCUUCCCCUCGCGCGCCGCCAGCGUCGGCUACGGCGCCCUCGACAGCGCGGCCGCCGGCCUGCUCGCCGACGCGAACCGCGGCGCGCUGAUCGCCAUCGUGACCAUGUUCGUCAGCGGCCUCGUCAACUUGGUGUACGUCGGCCCCGCGACCACCAAGUGCAUGCGCGAGAGGAAGCACCAGGAGACGCGCGAUGGCAAGAAGUCCUACGACGCGGGUCCCCACUCGCCCGAGAUGCAGCGCCUGAACAAGAAGUUCGCCACUCUGCAUGGCGUCUCGUCGCUGACGAAUCUGGCGACCUUCUUCGCCCAGCUCUACUAUGGCGUCGUCUUGGCUCAGCGCAUGUAG